AUGCCCAACACAGAAAUCAACAUCGGUACCACCAUAGACAAGGAGAACUAUGACCUGUUGCCAAAGUUCUCUAUGGUGGCUCCAGCUCUGCUGAGAGUGGGCAGUAAAGAGAACAUUGUACUGGAAGCAUUCGGUGUGUCUGCGACAGUCCCUGUCUCUCUGUCAGUGUACAACUACCCGGCCAAAUCUUACCAACUGUGGCAGGGAAAUGUGGCUCUCAGCUCAGACAACAACUACAUUGCAGUCCAAUCCCUGGAGAUUAGCUCAAGUCUCCUUCAUCUGGAGGAGAAAAAGACUGAGAUUGUACAGGUGAUUGCCCAGUUUGGAACACUACAUCGAGCUGAGCAGACCAUUAAAGUGUCCUUCCUCUCUGGGUACAUCUUCAUCCAGACGGACAAACCCAUCUACAACCCUGGAGACACAGUGCGGUACCGAGCGUUCGUUUCUACUCCCGCUUUUCAGGCGUUCAACGGUACUAUCACCGUGGAGAUUCAGAACCCUGAUGAAAUCACAGUCUAUGCGACAUCCAGAACCAGAGCCCAUGAUGGCAUCUACUCUGACACUUACGCACUCUCAGACAUGGUCAAAGAGGGCAAGUGGAAGAUUGUUGCAAAGUUCAACCACUUGAAGGAAAACCUAUUUAACUCUGAAUUCGAGGUUAAAAAAUAUGUGCUCCCAGCGUUCAAUGUCACUCUGACACCAAAAAAGUCGCAGUUCAGUCUGGAGGAUGAGGAAUUAGCCGUGGAGGUGUUUGCCAAGUAUAUGUAUGGAGAGCAGGUGGAAGGUGUUGCGUAUGUGGUAUUUGGAGUAGAGAGAAAUGGAGAAAAAACAAGACUGGUCCACAUGAAGCAAGUGAACAAUCUGAAUGGGGGGACUGCAACGCUAACUAUGAAGGAGCUUAAGGAGGCUCACCCCAACAUCCGUGAUAUACUGGGGUUUUCUAUAUACGUCAAAGCUUCUGUCCUGACCAGCACAGGAAGCGACUUGGUGGAGGCAGAGAAAUCUGGCAUUAAAAUAGUUUUAGCCCCAUAUGUGAUCUCCUUCAAAGACCCCUUGAGGUUUUUUAAGCCAGGCCUGCCUUUCGACCUGACGGUGAAGGUGAGCCACCAUGACGGCUCUCCAGCUUUGAAUGUUCCUGUUAGGAUCAGCUUCCUGUCCGAUUUAAUCAAAGAACACAGGGGGACCAUCAAGGUGUCCAUCAAUAUGCCAUCUGUUCUGAGCCCUCAGAGAAUAACUGUGGAGACCGUAAUCCCAGAUGUAAAGGCUGAACAACAGACAGUGAAAAGUCUGUCUGUGGAGCCAUAUGUUGCUUUUGACAUGAGACGUCAGAACUACCUAUACAUCUCAGUGGACAGCUCAGUAGUAAAGUUGAGAGAGUUCCUGAGUUUUAAACUGUACGUCCACACGUUCUCCCAGAAGGAGCGGGAUCGCAUCCAGCACAUUUCAUAUCUUGUGUUGAGUAAAGGGAAGAUUGUUCGUGCAGGUAAGGUGUCUGUGGAAGGUCAUGAGGUCACCAGCACCUCCCUGCUGGUCAAUCCAGACAUGCUGCCUGCGUUCCGGUUUGUGGCAUACUACGUACUGCCGAGGCGCCACGGUGCAGAGGUGGUGGCGGACUCUGUGCUGGUAGAUAUCGGGAGCCAAUGCAUGGGAUCGCUCAGCGUAGGACCACAGAUGGGACAGGUUUCAGACACAUACUCGCCAGGCAACAGCUUUCACUUCCAGGUCAGAGGGGACCCAGGGGCGAGGGUUGGCCUGGUUGCUGUGGACAACGCCAUUUUCCUGCUGAGCAGGAGGCGACUGACACAGGGGAAGAUUUGGGAGACGGUGAGCCAGGAAGACAUGGGCUGUUCCCAGGGUGGAGGCAGGGACAGUAUGGGUGUGUUUAAAGAUGCAGGACUCAUCUUUCACUCCAACUAUGGGCAGCUGACAGACAGCAGACACGACUUGCCAUGCAUUUGGAAGUCCAGGAGCAGACGAUCUGCACACCGUGUUCAUCUCAGAGCCGAGCUAGAGAAACGGUACUCCGAUGGUUCCCAGCAGCGCUGCUGUAUGGACGGUAUACGUGAGAUCCCCAUGCCGUAUUCCUGCCGCCGCCGUGCGCUCUACAUCACGGAGGGAUGGGAUUGCAUCAUCGCUUUCCUCCGCUGCUGCUCGGAGUACCGGGGGGAGGUCCUGGGCAUCAUUACACCCCCGCCACCUACCACUGCCGAGCCGACAACGAUCCCCAUCCUUACCACUCACGACGAUUACAUAGAGUUUUCACCCAAUUAUUUCCUCUUCAGUUUUGCCCGUGAGUGUUCAAAAUUGUCUGUAAUUCCCAGUCGCCAUGCCAGUAGCAGGCGUUAUCCCCUACAAGGUCUGCCUGGUCCUCCCGGUGAUAGACAUUAUGCACUACCAGGCAAACUUGGGGUUCAUGGUGAAGACAUGACUGAGCUUCAAAGCAGUGAACAUGCCAAGCAGGGGCAGCUUAUGGACAUCCAAAAGGAGGAAGAGGAGUUUGAUGAAGAUGAGUACUAUGAGGCAGACGACAUUUACAUUCGCACCAAGUUCUUUGAGUCCUGGUUAUGGACGGACAUCAGGCUCCCUGGAGAAGGCGAGCCUGGUACAAAGGAUGGACUGGCUGUUUCUCCAGUGCACACUGUUCUCCCAGACAGCAUCACCCAGUGGGGGAUCUUGGCUGUCAGCGCUUCCCCUCAGACAGGUUUCUGUGUUGCUGAGCCCUUCAACGUCCGCUCGUGGAAGCGCUUCUUCAUCGACCUGCGUCUCCCACGCACAGCGGCCAGAAACGAGCACUUGGAGGUCAAAGCCGUUCUCCACAACUACAUGAACGAGGACCUGCAGGUGUUGGUGAUCCUACAGAAGACAGAGGACAUGUGCAGUGUGGCGUUUACCGGUGAUCAUAAGCAGCACGUGUAUGUGCGAGCACGUUCCUCACAGCUGCUCCGCUACACGGUGGUUCCGCUCCGAGCAGGAGAGCUCCCAUUACAGGUCACUGCCGUGUCGCACUAUUUAUCUGGACAGGACGCCAUCAGGAAGACUCUGCGUGUGGUGGUGGAAGGCAUUCAGACAAUGGAUGUGAGGAGUUAUGUGCUGAAUCCUGCUGAAAAUGGAGACAGCAGUGGGAAGCAGCUGAUUAACGUGGGAAAAGCUAAACUGAGCUCUGUGGUUCCAAACUCUCUGCCAGAAACAUUUGUCAAUGUUAGAGGUGAUUUGCUGGCAGACAGCAUUGAGAACUCCAUCAACAAGGACUCUCUGGCGGCGCUGAUCCGGAUGCCCGGCGGCUGUGUGGAGCAAAACUUGGCCAGCAUCACGCUGCCCCUGAUAGCUGCACACUACCUGGACCGCAGCAACCAGUGGGACAGCGUGGGACCGCAGCGCAGAGAUGAGGCCCUCUCCUACAUACAGAAAGGCUAUGAGAAACAGCUUCAUUACUGCAAAAAGGAUGAUUCAUACCCACCCUACCAAAAUGAAGGAACCAGCACCUGGAUCACAGCGUAUGUAGUGAAGGUGUUCGCUAUGGCUCAUCACCUCACCAAUGUGAAUAAGCAGCAUGUGUGCGGGCCGCUACUCUACCUCCUCAAGCACAAGCAGCUCUCGUCUGGAGCUUUCAAAGAGGACAACCCUGUCUACACCAUCUCCAUGACGGGAGGCCUUCGGGGUGCUGAAUCCAGGGAGACCCUAACUGCCUUUGUACUAAUAGCUUUGGCUGAGGCUCAAAAAUAUUUUACUUGUGAUGAUCCUGAAAUUAACACAGAGACGAGAUUCCGGAGAGCAGGCGAGUAUCUGAAUGAGCGUUAUUCGCAGCUGAAGCGGCCCUACUCAGUGGCGAUAGCAUGCUACGCGCUGGCUGUCAGUAACCAGGGCUGCAAAAAGAGUGUGUUACUGAAGGCUGCAUCACCAGACCGAACCCACUGGCCGGACUCCAGCAACCAGUUCUUCACGCUGGAAGCGACAGGCUAUGCGCUGCUCGCGCUUCUCAAAGGAGGACACGUGCAGGAAGCUGCCGCCCCCUUCAAGUGGCUGAACCAACAGCGUCGGGUGGGCGGGGGAUACGGAUCUACCCAGUCCACCAUGGUAGUUCUGCAGGCCCUGUCUGAGUUCCUGGUGAGGUUGCCUCCAUCAAACCUGGACCUGCAGGUUGAGCUCAGUAUCCCCGGGCGCUCAGACAGACGCUGGGCCUUCACCCGCGGGCUGGCACACGUGGCUCGCUCCUCACGGGUUCCUCUAGAUCAGGACUUCACAGUGAUGGCCUCAGGGCAUGGACAAGGAAUCCUGGAGGUGGUUACAGUGUAUAACCAGCUGCCUGACGUGUAUGAGAAGAGCUCCUGUAAUGGUUUUGAGCUGGAUGUUUCCAUCAGCGAGAGCAGUGAGAAGCCCCCACCAGAUGUAGAGAAGUCGUACACACUCAACAUCACAGUCAGAGCUCUGGAGACACACCAGGUGCGGAUGGCGGUAUUGGACAUCAGUCUGCCAACUGGCUUUGAGCCAGAAAACUCUGACUUGGAGUUGCUGACAAACUCGGUGGAUCGCUACCUUAACCACUUCCAGGUGGUGGACAACUUGAGCGAUCGAGGGUCUCUCAUCAUUCACCUGUUCAAGGUGUCCAACAGAGAGACAGACAUCAUCUCCUUCAGACUGCAUCAGAAAUUUAAAGUGGGGUUGCUGCAGCCAUCAACUGUUACUGUAUAUCAGUAUUACAAUGAAGAUAAACGCUGCAGCAAGUUCUACACACCUCCAGAGGACAAAGAGGAGCUCAGUCAAAUCUGCACAGACAACAUCUGUCGCUGUACUCAGGGCAACUGCUGUGUAAUGAAGAUGGACACUCAAGCAAUCACAGCGAACGACAGGGCCAAGGUGGCGUGCAGUGGAAUUCACCAUGUGUUGAAGGUGAAAGUGCUGAGCCUCAACACCAGUCAGUACGACAGGUAUGAGAUGGAGAUCCUGCAAGUCAUAAAGGAAGGGACUGAGGUCGGCAUGAAGCAGAAGGACACAAGGGUGUUUCUCUCCCAUGCCAGCUGUAGGGAGGGGCUUAAUCUGCUCGAGGGGCAGGACUACCUCAUCACUGGCCCGUCCUCUGACGUCUGGUCCGCAGGCAGUACCUCUGAUAGGUACAUGUACACGCUGGGCAGGGAGACGUGGGUUGAGCUCUGGCCUUCACAGGCCCAGUGUGAGGGGCUGGCUGCAGCACACACAUGUGCAGAACUGGAGACGUUCACCACCGAGCUACUGAACACCGGCUGCCAGAACUGAGUCACACACACACGCAUAUAAUGCUCAAACUGAUUCUCUCUCAAACACACACACACAUGCUCCAUCUGUCUCAAGCCUGUAUAAAUAGUCAUAAUCAUGUGAGUGUGAACCCCUGCUGUAGGGCUAAGAGAGUUUUCUAUAGACGUUACCGUAAUUGAAUCAAGUUUAAUGAUGUGCUUUUCUGUUUAAAAUGCUGUUUCUUGUUUAAAUAUCACUGCCUGUAAAAAAUCACAAAUAUCUAAA